AUGGCGGAGAAGCAGGACGUUGAGUCCGGCAGGAGCAAAGGCUUCUCACAUUUCCAAUUGGUCUUCGAUCAGGCACGAGUAACCCCCGAAGUCGAGAAAUGGAACUACGAAGGUAGCGGUACGGAAGACGACCCUUAUGUCGUCGAUUGGAUCGACAAUGACCCCGGAAAUCCAAUGCUGUUCGCCGAUAGCAAGAAGUGGUUUCUCACCAUGCUUGUCGCCAUCGCAACCCUGGCCGUGGCCUUCGUUUCUAGCGCUUACUCUGGCGGUAUCGAACAGAUCAUAGUGGAGUUCGGCAUUGGCCAGGAAGUCGCGACACUGGGGUUGAGCUUGUUCGUCUUGGGCUUCGCGAUCGGUCCUCUAAUGUGGGCUCCCAUGUCCGAACUGUACGGUCGUCAACUCCUCUUCUUCGGCACGUAUGCUGCCCUGACAGCAUUCAACGCCGGCGCUGCGGGAGCUCAGAAUUCGUGGACACUCAUCAUACUGCGAUUCUUUGCUGGCGCUUUCGGUAGCUCGCCACUUACCAACGCUGGCGGUGUCAUCGCGGAUAUGUUCCCUGCGAAGCAACGAGGGUUGGCUAUGGCGCUAUUUGCGGCUGCUCCUUUCCUUGGCCCGACACUUGGCCCUCUCAUUGGCGGUUUCCUCGGCAUGACAGAAGGCUGGCGCUGGGUCGAAGGGCUCAUGGCCAUCUUCACCGGCGCCCUCUGGCUCAUCGGCGGCUUGCUCAUCCCCGAGACCUACCCACCCGUGCUCCUCCGCAAACGCGCCGCCAAACUCUCCAAGAUGACGGGCAAGGUCUACAAGUCCCGGGCCGAAGUCGACCAAGGCCCUACUACCGCUGGAACAGCCUUUAAGACCGCCUUGACUCGUCCGUGGAUCCUCCUGUUUCGCGAACCUAUUGUCUUCUUGUUGAGCAUCUACAUGGCCAUCAUCUACGGUACGCUGUACAUGCUCUUCGGCGCCUUCCCUAUCGUGUAUCAGCAAAAUCGUGGGUGGAAUGAGGGUGUUGGCGGUCUCGCCUUCAUGGGUGUGUUGGUCGGCAUGCUCAUCGCUGUUCUCUACGUCAUCGUCUACGAGAACAAACGAUACUCAAGAGCUGCAGACAAGGCUGGUGGAUUCGCCGCGCCGGAACAACGGCUGUACAUGACCAUGGUGGGCUCCGCAUGUGUCCCACUCGGGAUGAUCUGGUUCGCAUGGACCAAUUACCCUGACAUCCACUUUAUGGCCUCCAUCACUGCUGGCGUGCCUUUCGGGUUUGGCAUGGUCUGUGUCUUCCUGGGCGUCAUGAACUACCUCAUCGACGCAUACGUUAUCUUCGCCGCGUCCGUCCUCGCCGCAAAUUCAGUAUUGCGUUCACUCUUCGGCGCCGCCUUUCCUUUGUUCACAACGCAGAUGUACGGCAACCUCGGCAUCCACUGGGCUUCCAUGGUCCCCGCUUUCCUGGCACUGGUAUGCGUGCCAUUCCCUUUCUUAUUCUUUAAAUACGGGCCCCAAAUCAGGGCGCGCUGCAAGUUCGCCGCCGAAGCAGACGCAUUCAUGAAGAAGAUGCAAGCACGACAACAAGGAGGCGCCGCCAACGACGAGCAAUGGAAGGACGCCGAAGAAGGCGACCAAGAAGUCGACCACAGGGCCGAAGAAAAAGAAGCCGAGAGAGAUCUCGCGGAGGAAGACACACAAUCCACAUCCUCGAGACCGCUAUACGCGGAGAUCAAUACCAGCAACGGUGGAGGCGCGCAGAGAAAUAACCUCAGCCGCACGGGCACCAACCAGACCGGCAGAAGUGUGAAGUCGACCAGGAGUAUACGGCAUCAACCGUAUUACGAUGAUAAUCCGUAUGACAUCGAUCGCGUCAACACGAAGGAGUCGUUCACGCCGAGGAGUAGGGCUAAUACCAUAAGAAGUCAGAAAUGA